ACAAAGUAUUUAUAACAUAUCGUGCGCACUUGACGUUCUUAUUGACAUUGAUAAGAGUUUCUCUUCGUUCUGAUUGACAGUUUCUGUAUGUGUUUAUCAUUUUUCAUUCAGGAAUUCGAAACGGUCUUGAUCACCAGACUGUUAAAUUUCCAUGAUUGAAAAAUAGUGUUCUGCAGUGUUUUUUCUUUGUCAGUGUAAAGCAUUACUAGAAGUUUCAGAACUUCGCAUUUGAUGCACCGACUUUCGACAAUUUCUGAAACGAUUUUGCACUUCACUUGAGUCAGCUUGUAAAAUGUUAGGUCAUUUAGCGGCUAGUCAAUCUUCAUCGGUGUCUACAAUGUUUCCAUUUGAAAAUAAUGGAAUGAAAGAGUAACCAGAUGUUCAGCACGACAAAUUGCAGUUGAGACUCCUUCAAGAGAAAUAAUGUUGAAGUCAAUAAAACGAAUAGUAAAAAUAAUGAAGUGAAAAUAACAACUUGGAAUUUAGGCAGCAUUAUCUUAGUAUAUAACAUGCAAUUUCAGUAAUUGUGGGAAGAAGUUCGUUGCACAGCGUAUUGAAACGUCCAGAAUUUUAUUCUAAGUGUUCACUUAGGAUGUUGACACCGUUUUUUCGGACAGAAAAUUUCAACCCUUAUCGUUUCGUUGGGAAAAAAUGGAAUCGUGCACUGAAUUUAUUGAUAUCGGUCUUUGAACCUUCAUGUAUUGGACACAGGAAUGGUUGUUUCUGGAGAGAACAUUUUCUAUUUUUUUAUUAAAGUACGCCUAGGUGGACGUUUUGGAUCGUUUACGACUUAUCUCUCUUCAUAAUUUUCAUCAGUUUGAUGACUUGAAAUAUUUGUUCAGUAGUCUUCAAAGACGAAGAUUGGGGAUCAAGCUACCUGCUUUUAUUCUCUCAAUCUGCAGUGCUGUGAAGAUCCGAUCUCUUUGGUAGUACCAAUGUGAGGCUCUGAUACUACGUGUUCUGGUAGAGAACUCCAGCAACUUACGACUCGCUGUAUGAAAUAACACUACAGAAAUUGGCGUUUCUAUUUAGCUUUCUGAGCUUCCGAGUACAUGCUUGCAGACAAUAAGUCCUAAAUUUACGGAAAAGACAUGGUAAAACAUCGAUAUUGUUAUCAUCUUUUCAGAUGUUUGUGCUGAUGACGUCGUUCAGAAGAACGAUGUAAGCUCCACGCCCAAACCAUCCAGCUCAGCGAACAAAACUCCAUCAAAAUCAUCCACCUGAGCUGCAAAUCUUUCCCACCAUCUUUUCAGAAUCUAUUAAGAUUUCGGCAAGAUUAUAAUUUAUGGACGGAACAAUCAGAUAUAAAAUAACGAGUCACGAAUUUGGGCGCAGAAUUCAUCCAUACAUUUGGUUAAAUAGAGUUUUGGCAUUAUAGCUGAUGUUAGUUCGUGAUGAAAACUCUAAAUCUAAUUUUUAAUCUUAACCAUCAACUUGGCAUGGCAGAAAACAAGAAGUUGGAUGAUGACGUCACCGUCGUCGUAGAUAAACCAGAUGAUGUAAAACUGAAGCGAUCUAUCGGUAUUGUAACCAGUAUUACCAUCAUAGUAGGAUCAAUGAUUGGCUCAGGAAUAUUUGUCAGUCCUACUGGUAUUUUACUGAAUGUCAAAAGCAUUGGAGCUAGUCUAAUUAUAUGGGUUGCAUGUGGGAUCUUCAGUAUGCUCGGAGCGUACUGUUACGCAGAACUUGGCACGAUAAUAGAGCGAUCCGGAGGGGAUUAUAUUUAUGUAUAUGAAGCAUUUGGACCAUUUAUUGGAUUUUUGCGUUUAUGGGUGGAAGUAAUGGUUGUAAGACCCGUGGCAAUCGCUAUUGUAGCUUUGACAUUUGGGGAAUAUGUUGUUGUACCUUUGUAUCCAGACUGUCCACUGCCCUUUACGUUGAUCAGGAUUUUGGCAGUUUUAUGUAUUACAUUUCUAAGCUUCGCCAAUUCCUUUUCAAUCAAAUUCUCAACCAGAAUACAAGAUAUAUUUACACUUGCGAAACUUGCCGCUCUUAUAAUGAUCAUUGUCACCGGAUUUGUACAGAUUGGAUUUGGUCGUUAUGAAGAGCUGAAAGAACCUUUUGUCGAUUCGGACUGGAGUCCUGGUAAAAUAGCUAAUGCAUUUUAUAGUGGCUUAUUUGCUUAUUCUGGCUGGAAUUACUUAAACUGUAUGAUUGAAGAAAUGAAGAACCCCAGGAAACAUUUGCCCAUAGCAAUUGUGGUAUCGUGCUUACUAGUGACUCUAGUUUACACAGCUGCUAAUGUAGCCUAUGUGACAGUCGUGCCAGUUGCAGAGAUUUUGACCACAAGAGCUGUGGCUGUGACAUUUGCUAAUAGAAUAUACGGAAUGUUUUGGUGGAUAAUGCCAAUAUUUGUUGCUUGUUCAACGUUUGGUGGUGCCAAUGGGACUAUAUUGACUACAUCGAGAAUAUUUGUUGUUGCUAGUCAGCUCAAACAAAUGCCAGCGUUUAUCAGUUACUUGCACACGGAUCGAUUAACACCUAUUCCGGCUGUUCUGUUUACUUGUAUCGUAUCAAUAAUUUACUUGCUUGCUGGAGAUAUUUUCACACUUAUGAAUUAUAUGGGUUUUGUUCAAUGGUUGGCAGUCGGUCUUUGUGUUCUGAUUGUGGUAAUUUUCAGAUUUACUCGUCCUAAUAUUCGACGUCCGGUUAAGGCUCCGAUAAUAUUUGCCAUUAUCUACUUAGUAGUUACUGCAUCUCUGUUAAUUUUCUCUUUUUAUGGAUCACCUCAAGAAUCAUUAUAUGGUAUUUUGAUCAUUUUAACUGGUAUACCGGUUUACAUACUCGGUUGUGCGUGGAGUCCUAAACCGAAAUCAUUUCAGGAAAAAAUGAUAAACAUCACGAUUGGAUUACAAAAACUUUUCCGUAUUGUACCAUCCAGUUGAAGAUGAAAGAUAAAGCAUAGAAUUAUUGUGUAUUGUUAACAUUGUUAAACAGUCAUUUUGUUGUGCUACCCGAACACUCACUUAUUGUAUAAAUUCACCGUAUACAAAAAGAUAAUGUAGCCUAUUGAUUAGCUUUCUGUUUUUUUAUCACCUUUUUUGUGAAAUGCUACAUUCACUUCAUUUAAAAACAAUGAAGCGAUAAACGUUGAUAACCGAUGUCCGGUUGCUCUUCUUCCUGGACUGCAAUAUUUUUGUACAUUUUGUCUACUUGUGAUUGAAAUUUCUUUUUGAUCAUUCUAUUCUUGUUUUGUUUUUUUCAUUUGAAUUUUAUAUUUUCGAAAUUAUUUUCCUAAAAUUUUCUUGUGACUUGACUGGUGGUUACGUAAUGGGAAAUUUUGGGCAUUGCUAAUUGACGACACAACUUACUUAAUUAGUUACCUACUUACGCCUGUUACUCUCAAUGGAGCAUAGGCUGCCGACCGAUAUACUACACAAAGUGUAUAUGAUUUGAUUAUGUAUCUCUCUCUCUCUCCCUCUUAUUUUUCAUGAGAUUUAGGUAAACAAAAUAUAUGUAAAUUGUAUGC